UCGCUGCUGAUGACAGCGAUUUAUUUUUCUAGUGUUUUGGGGAUUUAAAAAAAAACUUUCUCCUGUUCCUAGUAUUCCACUGACGGUGGUCAAGGUAGUUUGUGUUGACAUUAUUGGGCUGUUUUGUCCGUGUUUUUUUUCCCCCCCGGUGAAUGGUCGCCUCUGAGCCCUGUCACUAUUUCACUGUGCAUCGCCAGGACUAACAGUUCCCCUGGUGAAAGGACGCAGCUGGUUGGGGAUUACCCCAGCCGAGCGAAUCGAAGCUACUCGCCUGUGGCGCAAACAAGCGUGCUUGUACUCAUCAGGGUAUCUACAGGGAAUUGCUCCAGAAACUGUUGCGUCCUCUGGGAGUUUUUCUUUCUAGUUCCAUUUAACGUCCGCCCUUCGCGAACGAGGAUACUGGAAAUUUGGGGAGCGACCUCAACCCAAACGCCUUACCAGGGAAGCAAUGCGAAAUUAUCUUAAGGAGCGUGGCGAUCAAACUGUACUAAUUCUACAUGCUAAGGUUGCACAAAAAUCUUAUGGGAAUGAAAAAAGAUUUUUCUGCCCCCCUCCAUGUGUAUAUCUAAUGGGCAGUGGCUGGAAGAAAAAGAAAGAUCAGAUGGAGCGAGAUGGAUGCAACGAGCAAGAAUCACAGCCAUGUGCAUUUAUUGGAAUUGGAAAUAGUGACCAAGAAAUGCAGCAACUUAACUUGGAAGGAAAGAACUAUUGCACAGCCAAAACAUUGUACAUAUCAGACUCUGACAAGAGAAAGCACUUCAUGUUAUCAGUAAAAAUGUUUUAUGGUAAUAGUGACGACAUCGGCGUCUUUCACAGCAAGCGGAUCAAAGUAAUCUCCAAACCUUCUAAAAAGAAACAAUCCUUGAAAAAUGCAGACUUAUGUAUUGCAUCAGGAACAAAGGUGGCAUUAUUUAACAGACUUCGUUCACAGACUGUCAGCACACGUUAUCUACAUGUAGAAGGAGGAAAUUUCCAUGCCAGUUCACAACAGUGGGGAGCUUUUUACAUCCAUUUAUUGGAUGAUGAAGAAUCAGAGGGCGAAGAAUUCACAGUGCGUGAUGGAUACAUUCAUUAUGGUCAGACAGUGAAGCUGGUGUGUUCUGUUACUGGGAUGGCACUUCCUAGACUGAUAAUUCGUAAAGUUGAUAAACAAACAGCAUUAUUAGAUGCGGAUGACCCAGUGUCACAGCUCCAUAAGUGUGCAUUUUAUCUGAAAGAUACAGAAAGGAUGUAUCUGUGCCUUUCUCAAGAAAGGAUAAUCCAAUUUCAAGCCACUCCAUGUCCAAAAGAACCAAACAAAGAAAUGAUAAACGAUGGAGCCUCUUGGACAAUCAUAAGCACAGAUAAGGCUGAAUACACUUUCUACGAGGGGAUGGGGCCCGUACAUGCACCAGUGACACCUGUACCUGUUGUAGAAAGUCUUCAGUUAAAUGGAGGCGGGGACGUUGCAAUGCUUGAGCUCACGGGACAGAAUUUUACACCUAAUCUGCGAGUUUGGUUUGGUGAUGUGGAAGCUGAGACCAUGUACAGGUGUGCGGAGAGCAUGCUCUGUGUUGUUCCAGAUAUUUCUGCAUUCCGAGAGGGUUGGCGAUGGGUGCGUCAACCUGUUCAGGUCCCAGUCACUCUGGUUCGAAAUGAUGGGAUUAUCUACUCUACGAGCCUUACUUUCACAUACACACCAGAGCCUGGACCAAGACCACACUGCAGUGCUGCUGGAGCCAUCCUUAGAGCUAAUUCCAGCUUGAUGGCAUCAAAUGACUCGAAUACAAACAGUGAGGGAAGUUACACAACUGUCAGCACAAACUCAACUAUUGUCACAUCAGCAGCAACAGUAGUCUCCUAACUAUUAAAGUGGUUUAAAGACAGUGGCCAAGUCUUGGGAAGGGAGAAGAUGCAAAACUGUUGAAGUGCUGCAAAGAAAACCCAACUAGUAUCAACAAUUGUGGUAUUCUGGAAAUCACCUCUUUGUUCAGAUGGUGGACAUGUCAAGCAUUGAUAAUCUGCAAGGGGUGUUACCACAUUAAGAAAAUACACCUAUGUAUAAAACUUUAUAAAGAGCUAAAAUGGAAAUCUAUUUUUCAGCUGUUUAAAGUGUGGGCAAGAUAUAAAGAAUUUGGGUGGGAUGUUGGUGAAGAAGACUAGAGAAUGCAUACAAAAAUAACAUAGUUUCUAUGGACCAAGAAACUUGUAUAAGCUUUAGUGGAGGUACAGUUUCACCAUACCUUUUUUGUAUUAUACAUAUAGUACACUUUUGUUACCAAAUAGUUUAUAUUUUCUUCCUAUGAGCAAUGGGCUCUGAAGUAUCCAGGUUCCAGGCUUGACCUUGCUGUAUAUUCUCAUCACCUACUAUACCAGUAAAGACCUAUAUUUUGGUCA